AUGGGCCCCUGUACCGCCUCCUCAUGCUGCUGCCAGGCCCGUAAUCUGCCAUGGGCCCCCGUACUGACUCCUCAUGCUGCUGCCAGGCCCGUAAUCUGUCAUGGGCCCCUGUACCGCCUCCUCAUGCUGCUGCCAGGUCCAGAGUGUGUCAUGGGUCCCUGUACGGCCUCCCAUUGCUGCUGUCUCCAUCGCCACACUCUGCCAUGUGCCACUUUCAGGUCUCCUCACACUGCUGGUGGGUUCCAUUUUGUCAUAGGGUGCUGUAUGGCCUCCCAUUGCUGCUGCCUCCACUGCCACACUGUGGCUCCACUCUCUGGUUUUGGCCCCGUGACUGCCCAAAUGACUGAAGUGUGCGGUGAUUCUAAGAUCGACGGCACUCAUCUGCAUGUCAUACUGACUGACAGUAUUAUUUCUCUUCCCCAGCAGACUCCAAGGGCAUUUAAAUUAAAGGUACAGUGUUCUGCACUAAUAUAA